AUGGCGUCUUUGAAGAACUACAACAUGAAGAUUCUGUUGGAAACAGUUGUUGUGUUUUGUCUUUGUUCAUUUUCUUUGGUUUCUUCACACAGCAGAAAAUUCACAACACCAAACGUGACACGUCUAACAGAUCAGUUCAGUAGAAUCGCCAUCGAAAGCGGCUUCUCCAAACGUUUUGGCGAUCACAAUAUUAUCGUCAAUGGCUCUCUGGCCAAACUCACUCUCGACAAAUCCUCUGGUGCUGGGUUGGUGACAAAGAACACGUAUCAUUAUGGAUUUUUCAGUGCAAGACUCAAGCUUCCCGCUGGAUUUGCCUCUGGUGUUGUGGUUGCUUUCUAUCUGUCAAAUGCUGAGAGUUAUCCAAAGAACCACGACGAGAUAGAUAUAGAAUUGUUGGGUAGAAGCAGGAGAGACGAUUGGUCGAUCCAGACGAAUGUGUAUGCAAAUGGGAGUUUGAAAACAGGAAGAGAAGAGAAGUUCUAUUAUUGGUUUGAUCCAACUCAAGCCUUUCACGACUACACUCUCAUUUGGAAUUCUCACCAUAUUGUAUUUUUGGUAGACAACAUUCCGGUUAGACAAUUUCCGAACCGAGGAGCAUUCAUGAGCGCGUAUCCGUCUAAACCGAUGUCUCUAUACGUCACCGUUUGGGACGGUUCAGAAUGGGCCACCCAUGGCGGUAAGUAUCCCGUCAACUACAAGUAUGGCCCCUUUGUGGCUUCCAUUGCUGACGUAAAGUUAAGCGGCUGCUCUGUUAAUGGCUCCUCUACUGGGCCUGGGCCAUGUACCAAGUCAGGCGGGUCGGUUUCAAGUCUGGACCCUGUUGACGGUCAAGAUUUUGCUACAUUAUCAAAGAAUCAGAUCGCAGCCAUGGAUUGGGCUAGGAGAAAGCUAAUGUUUUACUCUUAUUGUAAUGAUAAGUCGAGAUACAAAGUCAUGCCUGCUGAGUGCUGA